AUGUCCAUGCAGUGGCAAGUCAUUGCAAGUGUCGACGAAACAAAACGCAGCAGAGACCUCGUCUCGGGUGGACGCGAGUCGACUCCGUCAGCUCGCCCUAUCGUCUAUAUCUCACGAGAGCAGAGCAUCCAACACAAAUUAAGGAACUCGGUCGUCGCCCUCAGCCUUGUAGGAUCAGCGUCCGAGAAUGUCCCUCUAUACGCAUCUGUCAAAGUGUACUCUCAGCAAAGCGCUCUUUUCAGCAAAGACAAACGCUUCCCGGAGAAACUCAACACGCGUCAAGUAGAGUCUGGAUCGGGAAAACUCUGCGAUGUUGUCGUCAGCAACCUUCUCUGGUGGGAACUUCAGCACCAACAAAGACAGCAGCAAGAGCACACAUCUGGAGCACCACGGGAGUUUCAUGAAGAUUAUGCCAUGCCAAUUGGGAGUGCUCCUAUUAUCGUCCAUGCCAAACUUGCCCUGUAUCAGAUCAACGACAUAGGCAACGCGACCCAACUUACAGUAGUCCCUGCCACCUUCAACAACCACACUCGGCCUCCACCUAAGGGCGCAGCUAUCGCUCAGUCACUAUCAGGAUCAGUUGUAUCACUCAAUGGCUGGAUCUCAUAUAGAUCACCCUAUGGGACCCAAACAUUCCAAAUUAUCGACAUUUCAACCACCAGCGGCGACCUCCCAAGUGUCGGCAUCAUGUCCGAGGCAACAAGCAUUCAGAUUCAACCCUCUACUAUCUCACGGUCUGGCUCAUCAGGAACACUGGUCUCGAAAAGCGAAUGGAUUGGCGGCAUCAAAGGCGUUGUUGGCGGCUAUGACGAUCUGUUGAGCGAGAUCGUCGAUCACCUGUAUGGAUACCUUGAGGAUGCAGUAUCAUCGAUACAUAAAACGGACGUGCCAUCUUGCUUCCAGACACCAAUGAAAGGGAUCAUGAUUUCAGGCCGCCCAGGGACAGGAAAAAGUGUUCUUGCUUCGAGUCUAGCUGAGCAUUCGGGACUACCAUACACUGUCAUCAACUGCCCAGACGUCUUUCAGACGAACGCGGGUGCGAGUGAAGAUUACCUCCGCAGCGCGUUCAGCUCAUUACUGGCGAAGAGCAAGGCCUCUAUUGUACUUCUGGAUGAAGUUGACAUGAUUGCAAGCGCAAGGUCUUCUCGCAAGGGUGUGGAGGCCAAGUUGUUUGCCACACUAUUGCACCUUGUGGACUCGAUCAACAUGCAUCCAUCUGGAAACAAGAUCUUCAUCAUCGCCUUGACCAACCGACUCCACGCUGUUGACAGCUCCUUGGUGCGCUCAGGACGACUAGAUAAAGUCUAUGAUCUUCAUCUGAAAGGUGUUGACCAAAGGCUUGGAGCUUUGAGGAUCCUCUCAAAAGAUCUACCAAUGGAUUCGAGCAAACGGGAAGAAUAUUUGCGCAAAGUCGCCAAAGUCACCCAUGGAUUUGUGCCGACGGAUCUACAGGCGCUAUGUGUCGAUUGUGCUCUCGCUUUGAUCUCACAGAUGGCUGCUGGCCAGCCAACAGCUGUGGUGGACAUGUCAUAUUUUGACCGAGCAUUGAAGACGAUCCGGCCUUCAGGAAUGGGUGAAUUCUUGUCCAAGAUUCCUACAGUGACAUUCGAUGACCUUUACGGAAUACAGGAUGCAAUCGCGGACCUCAAGGUGUCGAUCAUUGAACCCUUCCAUAACCCUGGAAAGUACAUUGAUCUUGGGAUCUCGCCACCCCGAGGAGUGAUUGUACACGGUCCCCCUGGCGUGGGGAAGACUAUGCUCUGCUGUGCCUUGGCAGAAGAACUUGGGAUCAACUUUAUGCUUGUGGAGAGUUCCCAAAUCCGAUCCAAGAUCGUGGGAGAAUCGGAAAAGAACAUUGCAAGGAUGUUUGCGCAAGCCAAGGCAAACGCUCCCUGCAUCCUUUUUAUUGAUCAGAUUGAUGUCCUGGCACCUUCAAGAGGGUCGACCAACACGUCAGAGAACAGUGGUGAUCGCAUCGUGACUGGAUUGCUUACAGAAAUGGAUGGCUUCUUCACUGGUAGCGCUGGAAAGUCUGCUCAGGUGGAUGUCUUGGUUUUGGCAGCCACCAACCGCCCUGAAGUGAUCGAUUCAGCCAUCCUUCGUCCUGGACGUCUCGACCAAAUCGUCCAUAUUCCAGUACCCGAUGAAAAGUCACGACAAGCAAUCCUGGAGGGUUACAUGAACAAGAUGCCAAUACGAAUCACGCCUAACGAGAUCCAAACUCUUACCCGGGCAACAGAGGGAUACUCUGGAGCGGACUUGGAGAAUCUUUGCCGCGAAGCUGCAUUGAUUUGUCUUCGGCAGGAUAUCACAAACACCGAGAUUACUUUGGCGCAUUUGGAGUCGGCCAAGCUUGUGUCGAAGCCUUCUCUGCUGGGGUAUGAAGACCAGCACCUGUUCUCCCGUUGA